CGUAAUGAACCUCUAAAAAAGGAUCGUCCCAAAUGGAAGAGUGAUUAUCCAAUGACGGAUGGGCAACUAAGAAGCAAACGGGAUGAAUUUUGGGAUACAGCCCCUGCCUUUGAGGGACGCAAAGAGAUUUGGGAUGCACUCAAGGCUGCCGCCUAUGCUGUGGAGGCAAAUGAUCAUGGGCUAGCACAAGCCAUUAUUGAUGGUGCUGGAGUUACCUUGCCUCAUGGCUCACUUACUGAGUGCUAUGAUGAAUUGGGUAACCGAUACCAACUUCCUGUAUAUUGCCUGGCACCACCUAUUAACUUGAUUAUGGAGUGGAGUGAAGAGGAGGGUGCAGAACCUCCAGAGCCAGCACCCAAUACCCGCCGUGAAUUCCCACUGAAAGUGCGCCUCUCAUCUGGCAAGGAUCUACGUCUGAAUGCCAGCAUGACAGACACAAUUGGACAACUUAAGAAGCAACUCUAUGCCCAGGAAGGACUGCAGCCUGCAUGGCAACGUUGGUUUUUUUCUGGCAAGUUGCUGACAGAUAGGACCCGCUUGCAGGAGACUAAAAUCCAGAAAGACUUUGUAAUUCAAGUAAUUGUCAAUCAGCCCUCUGCACCAAGGAACUGAGCUAGAGAUAGUUGGUGUGACCCCCAGUUUGUCUCAGAGACUGAGCGAAAACCUGUAUGAGCAGGUGUCUGUUCUAUGCAUCUAGAGAAGCAGAUAGUGCACUUAAAAGCAGACUGGCAGAGCCAAAUCCAAAGCCUUUAAAAAGCUGCACAUGCUGUCUCGCUGCAGAGCACAGUCGGCAAGCUAGGCAGUAGUACAGAUGUGCAAUGUUCAAAGCGGUUUCUGUUUCUCCCAAUGGUUUACUUUUCAUGUCUAUCUGGGCUAGAUUUUUAUUUUCCCCAAACUCCAAAGAACUAGUUUCCUCACCCAUUUCUGGGCUCGGCUGGCACCGAAAGAAUGCCUCCUUCCUUUCCCUUCAACUAUAGUCCAGUUGGAACUGCCCACAUUGGGACUGUAAGCCUGAAAUGAUGGGUUGUGGGUCUAGUCCUUUUCAAGGACUCGGUGGAGCUCCCAUUUGAGUACUGAAAAGCUUUUAGAGAAAGCAUGAGACCAAAGUGUCUCUCACAUGAGAGACUACUGCCUCUGGCUCAAAAUAAAUAAACCAAUGGCCAGGGCUAAUUCUUCCAUAUCUAGGCUGUUGCUUAUACUGAGGUUGGCAUCAAGAAUGGCUGUACAACAAGUCAGCUCGUCCUAGGUCUACGGACAAGCCCUCAUCCAGAUAAGGUGUGGUAAUGUGGAGAAUGGAUCGUGUAUAUGGGUCCUAGUGUAAUUUAUCAAUAAAAUC